ACCGUUUACGACCAGAUUUUUGUAUAACUUCCACCUCACCAGUUGUUUCAUAUCUUUCAAGCCAAUACCUUACAGUCGACUCAUGGACAUGUAAAUAUCGUGAAAUAUCAGCAUUUGACAUAUGUGGGCCAUACCGAUGCUGUGAUAAAAAUACGAUUUCCCAUCUUUUCUUUAUAGAAAUGUCCAUUCUUUAAUUGAGUUAUAAAUUGAUAAGAGAAGCAAUAGAAAUGUUCCUAUUUAUAUGCGAUGAUGACUAUGAAUAGUCCGUCCAAACAAAGUAAAAAGAUAAAAGAAAGGUUAUUGUUCAAUAUCAAAAAGAGCACGGAUCCACUUAUGACACUUACUGUAUGGUAACUGAUUAAUCUCAUGAGAAAUCUUGUUAUAUGAAACAACGUCUUGUUCAUUAUGAAUUUCCGUUGCAAUUAGAAUUAGUUAAUAAAAGAUGAAUUUUAGAAAAUAGAGGAAAAUCUAAUCAAUCGGAAGAAGAAAACAUCAAUACUUAUUAAAUCUAUUAUUAAGACCCUGUAAAAUUCUAAUAACCAAGAUAAAAUAUAUCAAUAAUUUAAUAGUUUGAACCAAAUUUGUAUGUUAUUCAUAUUUCAACAGAUUUAGUGAUAUUCCAAUCAUCAUGAGAUGACGGAUUAUUCCCGAGAGCAUCCCAACGGUAAAUAUGGAUGGUAGAUGUAUCCACCAAGGACUAGAUAAAUAUUUUGUGUCAGAGAAAAUCAAUUUCCCGUCAUAAGUGUUUGUUAAAGUUUGUAUUGAUAAAAUAGUACAUAAUAGAUGUUUCGAUCAGAAUAGAUUAAGAUCACAUAUAAAAAAAAGUGGCAAUGUUCUAUUGCACAAACUUUUUGACUAGAGUAUAUAAAUGUGAUAUUCGAUAUUAUCUUCCGAAAUAUUUCAAAUAAAAUAAAAUAAAGAGAUUAUUGAAGCAUGAACGUCAUUAAUAAGUUUGUCAGCAUAAGAUUUCGAUUCUUUAUCAAGAUUUCAUUUCCGAGCAUGAUUUCUUGAUUAAUAAGUACUAUUCAUUAAUAAUUAAAGAGAUCCUCAUUAUAUUCGUUCUAUGGAAAUUUUCAGAUCAAUAUAAUUACUUUGAUUUUAAUAACUUUUACACAUAAAUUAAAACAUAGCUAUGCCGAAUGACAGAAAACCGGAAUUGUCUCAAGAAAGGUUUUAUUGUCUUUUUUUUAAUAUUAAGUAAACUUGAAUUUAUUUUCUUUAAAAUACAAAAUCGAGAAUUGAUAAGAAGCAUAAAAAAACGAUUUUGCUUAUUCUUUUAAUAUCUUUCUUUUCGAAACUCUCCAUAUAACAGAGUUGUUAAAUAAAUAUUUUGCUAAUAAAAUUUUAGUUUGCUUGGUUAUAUAUUGUUUUACUUAUUUUGGCUGGUAUUGGAAUUUUAUUAUUUCUCUUUCUUAUCAAAGCAAAAGCGGCUUCGUCCAGUGGCACCGGGAAUAACAAGUCAGGCGGAUUUAUAGUUGCUGGAUCAAUAGGAAUCAUUAUUGAUCUUAUUAUAUUUACUGUUGUGUUUGGCCUUGCCAUACUUAUAAUAGUACUUGCUUUCAAAUUAGCAAGACUUAUCGAUGCAAAAACCCCGUUAUCAACUCAACAAAUUUGA